AAGCUUCCAAUUUAAAUCAAAUAAAUCAUGAAUGUCUUAAACAUACCAGAGGAUACAGCGUCUCUUCUUUUUACCCCUAAAUCAAGCUCGAUGAUGCUCACAGGGAAACUCUGCCUUUUUUAUGCCUGAUCUAGGAUGAUUGUUCAUUUUUUCUUCUUGAUGCUUUGUCUAAAGCUAAUCAUACUAUUCGUUAAUGAGUGGGACUUCCCCGUUUGGCUCAAAUGUUCAGUAAGAAAUGAAGAGCAGAAGUGCAAUCAGCUUUUCCCUCAUCUACUGUACCGCCAACUGAGCUCAACCCUAAAACCGCCAGCAGCUGCAGGAGGAUCAUCCGUUCAUUUGAGAGGAGGAGGCUCAGACAAACGCACAUCUUUGAGAGCGCCGUGCGUUUGUCUGUCCAGAAAAAAAUAGAUCUAUUAGAGACAAACUGUUUUGUAUCUAGAAAAAGUUCAUCAGCUCAUUUUUGCAGCAUGUCUAGCCUGUCUCGUUUUUUAUCACUCAGAUUAGGAUGGAAAGGUGAAAGUUGAGUUGUGUAAAUCCGUAGUUUUAGCACGCAACUAAUCCAAACCACCGACUGGAACGGGAAGGAUGGAACGGAUGUGAGGGAUGUGAGGGAUGUGAGGGGGCGCGCCUGCUGGGAGAGUUCAGAGUCAGAACUCAAGAACCAGAAUCCACCUGGAAGGAUGCAUGCAGCCUGGAUAUUCCUCCUGUUGGUUGAGGAGGGAUUUUCUUUUGCACAAAAGAUCAAAGAUGGAGGAUCAAAGGGGGAGAAGUUGAUUGAUCAACCACAGAAUCCUCGCCACUGUGGAACCUGGGUUCGAAAAGCAGAUGGUGGCAACUUCAACUCCCCAAACUACCCAAAUACCUACCCUCCAAACAAGGAGUGCCUUUAUGUACUAGAAGGUAACCUAUAACACACACACGGCUCUUUCACUCCCUUAGGGGAAAAUCACUCUUUUCUUUUCUUUUUGGCACAUAGAUUUGAACAAAAAAAAAUGGGUAUUUUUAAUGUUUAUAAGUUGUAUUUAUUAAGAUGCGUGACAGUAUCUUUUAAAAUAAUCUUUUAAAGGCAGAAAUGCAUUUUCUUUUCCCCAGAUUUUCAAGGUUGCAUGUGUGUUUUCUCCUUUCUAAAAGUGUGUUUGGAUUACAAAUGUUUAUCUGUAAGUAAACGUAUAGAGC